CGGGUGCUCGUCGGAGAGCUGUGCAUGGUGGCGACUCUUAGAUUAGGGCUUGGGAGCCCCUUCCCCAGCGGUUCUGCGGUGCCCGGACUCCAACUGCCCCCUCAGCAGCUCAGGAAUGUUUGCCGGGCGUCAUGGCGACCGCAGAGCCUGGCUCAAGAAGCGGCCGCGCGGUUGGCUGGCCGCUCGAGGUUGGGGAGGAGGGCGGAGGCGGAGGGGAGGGUAGAGGGUUGGUGGAGCUGGAGGAAGCUCGGGCGACGAUUCGGAGGAGGCGGGCGGCCCAGGCCCCUCCCAGGCUGCGAGUCUCCGGGCUGCAGGCGGAUGGAUGGGGCGUCUCCAGGCGGCGGCGGCAGCAGCGGAGGCGGCGGUAGCGGCGGCGGCUAUGGUGUGGUGGCUCGAUUCUCCCAGUGCCUGGCUGAGUUUCGGACGUGGUUAAGAACCAACUGGUUGAGGUUCAAUGCAGACAAGACGGAUGUGAUGCUGAAAAUGUGCAUCAGAUGUUUAUGUUUAAUUGGUUUACAGACUGUCUCUGGAUUCUUUUCCUGUCAAAUUACAAGCCAUCUGUUGAGUCUUCAAGUCCAGAAAUGGAUGAAAUGUUUGCCUGCCCAUGAAGGUACAGGGGGCUCAGCAGCGUCAGAGGACCAUGAGUUUGAUCCGUCAGCUGACAUGCUGGUUCAUGAUUUUGAUGAUGAGCGAACAUUAGAAGAAGAAGAAAUGAUGGAAGGAGAGACAAACUUCAGUUCUGAAAUAGAGGAUCUUGCGAGGGAAGGCGACAUGCCAAUCGACGAGCUUCUCAGCCUCUAUGGUUAUGGCAACACUGUUCGGUUACCUGAAGAAGAGGAGGAGGAAGAGGAGGAGGAGGAGGAAGGUGAAGAUGAUGAAGAUGCGGACAAUGAUGACAACAGUGGCUGUAGUGGGGAAAAUAAAGAAGAGAAUAUAAAGGAUUCAUCGGGUCAGGAGGAUGAAACUCAGUCUUCCAAUGAUGAUCCCUCACAGUCUGUUACUUCCCAAGAUGCUCAGGAAAUAAUCCGCCCACGUCGAUGUAAAUAUUUUGAUACAAAUAGUGAAAUAGAAGAAGAAUCUGAAGAAGAUGAAGAUUAUAUUCCCUCAGAAGACUGGAAAAAGGAAAUCAUGGUAGGCUCCAUGUUUCAAGCUGAGAUUCCAGUUGGCGUUUGUAGAUACAAAGAAAAUGAAAAAGUGUAUGAAAAUGAUGAUCAGCUUCUGUGGGAUCCAGAAUAUUUACCAGAAGAUAAAGUGAUUGUCUUUCUUAAGGAUGCAUCUAGAAGAACAGGAGAUGAGAAAGGUGUAGAAGCAAUUCCUGAAGGAUCUCAUAUAAAAGACAAUGAACAGGCUUUAUAUGAAUUGGUUAAAUGCAGUUUUGAUACAGAAGAAGCCUUGAGAAGACUGAGAUUUAAUGUCAAAGCAGCUCGAGAGGAAUUAUCUGUGUGGACAGAGGAAGAAUGUAGAAAUUUUGAACAAGGGCUAAAGGCCUAUGGGAAAGAUUUUCAUCUGAUUCAGGCUAAUAAAGUCCGAACAAGAUCAGUUGGUGAAUGUGUAGCAUUCUAUUACAUGUGGAAAAAGUCUGAGCGUUAUGAUUUCUUUGCUCAGCAAACAAGGUUUGGAAAAAAGAAAUAUAAUCUUCAUCCUGGUGUAACGGAUUACAUGGAUCGUCUUUUGGAUGAAAGUGAAAGUGCUGCUUCUAGCCGAGCACCAUCCCCUCCUCCCACCGCCUCAAACAGUAGUACCAGCCAGUCGGAGAAAGAAGACGGCACUCUCAGCAAUAGCAAUCAGAAUGGUGUAUCAUCUAAUGGACCAGGAGAAAUACUAAACAAAGAAGAAGUAAAAGUUGAAGGCUUACAUGUUAAUGGACCAACAGGUGGAAAUAAGAAACCACUUCUUACAGAUGUGGACACUAAUGGUUACGAAGAAAAUAACCUUGCCACUGACCCAAAACUUGCCCAUAUGACUGCAAGAAAUGAAAAUGAGUUUGAUGAAAAGAAUGAGAGACCUGCCAAAAGGCGGCGGAUAAACAGCAGUGGGAAAGAAAGUCCGGGUUCGUCUGAGUUUUUCCAGGAAGCAGUCUCACAUGGGAAGUUUGAGGAACAUGAAAACACAAAUGACUAACUCUUAGGCCUAUUUUACUUUCUUUGCAGUAAAGUCUGGUUUGACUACAAUUUUCAGGGUUGGGGGGGUGACCUUUAGAAAGCUGAUUUCCUUGAAGCAGUUGUUAACUCUUGAAAUUGGAAUUAAGUCCUAACUUUAAGAAAUGGGAUUCAUAAUUCUACUUUUUGCAAGUUCUUUUACUUCAAAUUUUGAAGCCCUCUUUAAGGAUAUAAAAACAUUGGUAAAUUUGAAUGACCCAAAGACUUAACUGCACCUUCUCCUUUGAGAAACAAGUCAUAUUUGACUAAAAGGUAAUCUUUCCUUAUUCUUUAUGAGGAAGAAAAAAGUUUGUUUCUGCUCAACACCAAUUUUUUUUAUUAUCUAGAAAUGUCUUUACAACAGACAUUUUUCUCUCCAUACAAAUUGAACAUCGUCAUUAAGGAAACCCUCAUGAAUCCUGAAGGUUAUGCUAGCAUGAUUUUUAUAUGUAGAAGUUUAAAAAUAAACCAAGUCAGGUUUGUAUUUGUAAAAUUGUUGACAUCAAUGAUGUCUUUCCAUAUUCUUAUCUGGGCUUAAGAAAUACAUUCUGUAUUUUUCCAGAUUCUUUGUAGCCUUUGAAAGAUUUUUACAGUACAUAUGUCUUGACUGAGCUGUCCUUUCUUAAUACAAAAAGCUUGUAUAAUUUUCUUAACUUGUACAGUUGGUAAACUUUUAUGAGAGGAACUGAUAUUCUGAGUCUGUCAGCUUUCAUUUUAUUUUGCUAAGAUUUUUCUAAUGAAUUUUUAAGUGUGUGUGUAGUUAACCAAGUCAUGUUUCUUAUCCAGGUGGUAAAAGCAUUCAUAAAAAAUUAUGUUAUUUUCAAACUUCUACUUACUGACAUAAUUUGGGACUUCUAAAUUUCAGCAUGAUACUCAGAUUACAAGCUUGUUUGCAUUUGCUAUAAUUUUAUAAAUUAAUUGUGAAACAAAACAAAGACUUACUGUCAGCUUAAGUGUGUAGAUGUAUCGUGCUGAAUAGAAUUCUGUUCAGUUACUCUCAUGUGCCCUACAAGAUUUCUCAUUGUUUCUGUUAAGUCAACAGAAAGGGAAGGCCACGUGAUGUUGCAAUAUUGCCACAUCCAAGGAGUAACUGUUGACAGGUAGCAAUAUUCAUUUUUAUGAGAAAAUAGUGGUUUUAAGAAUUUUCAGAUCUUUCCAGUUGUAAUCCAGUUUGUCACAUUUGAUACUUUUUCCAAAAUGAAACACAUACAAAAUAACCAUUGUUCUGUGUGACUUUAAAAAGGGUUAUCGCACUAGCCUUGUAAGAAUGGAUGCCAUUUUAUUGUUAGUGCAAAAUUCUUCUUACAAAAUGUAGUUUUAUACAGCUGAUAGACCAAUCUAUCUCUGGACUGUUUUUUAGUGAAUGAUGAUUAACUACCUUUUCUCACACAGGCACAUCCCCAAAUGCUGCUUUCAGUUUGAUCUCAGCCAUCAGUUCAAGAGCCACUGCUUUCAAAGACAGAUCUGUGUCCUUUUACUGGCUCAGUUGUCUGAUGCAGGGUGGGUUAAGGUUUGCACUGAGAAUGAUCGCCCAGGCCUCUCCCUCAUAGUAUUCUUGUAUUUGUCCAGACUGCUUCCCUUCACAAUGGGUACAAACUUUCCUUUCCCCACAUCAGUAUUAGAAGCCACCUUGACAACACAUCAUAAUGAUAUGCAUUUACUGUUUCUGCAGGCAUAGUCCAGUGAGUUGGUUUCAUAUGGGAGUGCUGAGAAGCACGAGAGGGUUUAGUUUGUUUUAUUGAAAACGUUAAUUUAUCCAGAAUGGCAGUAGGUCAAGUACCUUUAGCAGAUGGUUAUAGCUUCUGUCUCCCUGCCCACCCCCACAGAGUCUCACUAUGUAGCCCAGGCUGGCCUGGAACUUAACAAUCCUUCUACCUCAGCCCUCUAAUGCUGAGAUUGGAGGUGUUUCCCACCACACCCAGCAACAGUCUAUUUUCUAAAGCAGGUUUUAUUAUAUGAGUCCAGGCCAUCCUAGCUCCUUAUCACAGGUGAUCUUUAAGUGAUGCUAUGCUUUUUAAUCAUUACACUAUGGAAGAUGUCAGUCCGCCUUUUAAAGGAUGCCUCUGCUCGACACGUUCUUGGACUUCUCGAAACUGUUGUAACAGGAACGUUUUAAGGAAAUUCUCAGGCAUGUUGGCAAAUGUGCCAGGUGUAUAAGUGUUCAUAAAUCUUUUCUUUUUAAAGUAUGCAUAAUGAAACAUUCCUCUAAUACACAAGGCUCAGCUUUUCCCAACUAUAUUCUGUGUUUGUAUGGGUAUUUCACCCUUUGUUCAAAAAUGCAGCCACUGAAACUUAAGUCAUUGCACUUUUAAACAGUUUGACAAUAUCAUGAGUAAUCUGCUUAAGAUUUGGUGUAUUUCCUAACUGUUGAACACUUAAGUAACUGAGAUGAGAAAAUAAGCAUUCAUGAGUAGGGAUGUAGCUCAGUUGCUGGAAUGCUUACCCAACAUGCAUGCAAAAUGGGUUCCAUCCCCAGUACCACAGAAACUGGGUAUAGUGGUGCAUGCCUGUCAUCCUAAGCACUUGGAGGUGGAGGCAGGAGAAUCAGAAGUUCAAGGCCAUCCUCAUUACCUGGUGAGUUGAGGCCAGCCUGAUACCUGAAAUGCUGUCUCAGAUAGAAAUGGCUCUGUUGGUAGUUAUUAGGUCCUAGCCAAGCACUGUCAUUUUCAUUUGGAACAUACAAUGAUGAUGUAUUUAUGAUGUAUUCUCACUAAGGUUCACAAUCUGUAACUCAGUUCAACACAGAUCUCUUGAGCUUUAAAAGGUAUUUGAAGUAAUUUAAGUAGGCAUUCAAAAUUAUGAAUUAGAUGUUUUUAAAUUUCUGCAUAAUAAUUUUGCACUGUAAAAUAUGUCCUUUCUCCCAUUUCCUUCUGCCAUUCUGAUAUGCUCAUUAAAAUAUUUUUGUAAGCAUA